GCUGCUGCAGAGGUUCCCGAACUCGCCCAGCUCACCUCCAACUCGGCCGGCAGCCCCUGGUGGGCGAACGGAGCUGUCCACCUGCUGGAACCGGUGCUGCCGGUUCGAGAGUGAGAGCUAGAGCUAGAGACAGAGGCUUCGGCGGCUGCUCGGGACUCGCACGCAGGGCGUUUCUGGCGGAACCCGCUAUUCUCCCGCUUUGCCUUCUCGGGGAGCCCCGGGACAAGCCCGCGGGCGAGUUUCGACCGGUUCCCCUCCGGCUAACGCCCCGGUGCCUCCACCCACCCACGGCUGGCCAAGGCAAGUCCCUUCGGCCGGGCUCUUCCUUGAUCGCGGGCCAAGGCGAGGUGACACGUAGCACUGCGGGCGGCCCCGGUCGUUGGACGGAAGGCAAAGCGGCGACCGAGGGGGUCUCACCACCGCCGCCCCUCGACCGCUACCGAUGGCGGGUACGAGACUGCAGUUCUCUUAAGGAUGUUUGGAAAAGCUGGAUUGUCCAAUGGAGGCUGCCGAGUGUGCCAGGAUCUUGCCAGGUAAUAGCAGCCUGUCGGGAGAUCAGCAACUGAAUUACCAUUCUCUGGAGCAGAGCCCCCCUAAACCCUCUACAGAAGUGAAGGGUUACCAGAGGAAGACAUGGAAGACGUUCCUCUGCCACUCGGUCUCCGUGCUCACUCUGGGGCUCCCCCUCGUCAUCUUCCACUGGAAGCCGCACCUGGAGAUCUACGCCAAAUGCACGCCCUGCCCCUUGGGCCAGGCAGACUGGGUGCUCAUCCGAGAUCAGUCGGGACGGUGUUUCGCAUCCAAGGUCCAAACAGAGCAGAUCGAAGAUGGCAGCCUCGACUCCAGAACAGACGAGGGGAGGAGCGCUAUCGCCGUGGGAGUUUCGGAUGACCAAGCAAGAAGCCGGGACACCAUACAGCUGCACCAGAAGGAAGAGAAAAACGUCCUUCGCUAUUACUCCUUCGAAGGCUUGCACUAUCUCUGGGUGGAAAGACGGCAAGCCUACUGCAGGGCGAGCACGUUGGAUGAAGGCUGGACUUGUUCCGAUCUCCACCUCUCCUGCCGCGGCCUGAGCAUCCAAGAGCAAUCUGCCAGGCACGUCCCGCCCUUUAGAGAAAGAGUGAUUUACGGCCCAAACCUGAUUGACGUGCCGGUGAAGUCAUACCUCUGGCUGCUGAUGGAUGAGAUCUUGAAUUUAUUCUACUUCUUCCAAGUGUUCAGCAUCACCUUAUGGAUCUGUGAAGAAUAUUACUCCUACGCGGCCUGCAUCUUUAUCAUUUCCACCAUCUCCAUCGGACUCUCUCUCUACGUCACCAAAAAGCAAAACAGGACUCUCCGGGACAUGGCAAAAGUGGUGAGCAGCGUGCAGAUCUGCCGACCUUCUGGAGAGAGAGUGGUGGUGAGUUCCGUGGAUCUCGUGCCAGGAGACGUCCUCGUGGUCUCUCCAGAGGGGAUGCUGGUUCCCUGCGAUGCCGCAUUGCUGAACGGCGAGUGUGUGGUCAAUGAAAGCCUUCUGACCGGGGAGAGCACACCAGUCCUGAAGACCCCUUUGCCUAAAAGCCCGGAAGAGGCCAACACCACCUAUUCCUCCGAAGAUCACAAACGACACACCCUGUUCUGUGGGACACAAAUCAUCCAGGCUCGAUCCCACGGAGAUGCUGACAUCCUGGCAGUUGUGACCCGCACUGGCUUCUACACAGCCAAAGGGGAUCUCAUCAGCUCCAUCCUUCAUCCCAAACCACUGAAGCUCAGAUUUCAUAACGAUGCUUGGAAGUUUGUCACCUUCCUUGCCAUCUUGGCCGUCAUUGGGACCAUCUACAGUAUCAUCAUCUUAAAGAGAAACAAGGUUUCCCGGUGGCUGAUAGCCCUCCGUGCUUUGGACAUUGUGACAGUGGCUGUUCCCCCAGCCUUGCCAGCUGCGAUGACGAUGGGCACCAUGUACGCUCAAGGUCGGCUGAAACGCCAGGGCAUUUUCUGUAUCAGUCCCCAACGCAUCGACCUCUGUGGAAAGGUGCGCCUGGUUUGCUUUGACAAGACAGGGACCCUUACCGCUGACGGCAUGGACAUCUGGGGAGUUGUUCCCCAGGCUGGCAGCUCUUUCCUGCCCAUCGUCCAUGAGCUCCGUCGCCUGGCCGAUGGGCCGCUGCUCCACUGUCUGGCCACCUGCCACACCCUCUCUUUGCUUGGAGAUCAGCCUAUAGGUGACCCGGUGGAUCUCCGGAUGCUGGAGUCUACUGGAUGGUCUCUGGUAGAAACCGAAGGGCCAGAGGUGAAGGCCUGCCUGGAACAGGACUUUGGGACUGGAGCUCUGCUGGUCAUAGCUCCCCCACUGCUGAGAGAGCAGCUCCCCGGCACGAAGACCCCGGUCCCUAUGGCUGUCCUCCGUCGCUUCCCGUUUUCUUCAGCUCUGCGGAGGAUGAGUGUUCUGGGGAAGGCUCCCGGCAAUAGCCCCGUGGAGGCUUUCAUGAAGGGAGCUCCAGAGACGGUGGCCGGCCUCUGCAAGAAAGAAUCAGUCCCCGAGGACUUUCCCCAGCAGCUGCAACAGUUGACAAGCAGCGGGUUCCGCGUUCUGGGCCUCGCUUAUAAGCCCUUGGUGGCCGUGGGGAGCUUUGAAGAAGCCCAGGAGGUGACCAGAGACUGGGUAGAGACGGACAUGGUCUUCCUUGGGUUCCUAGUCCUCAAGAACGUCCUCAAGCCCGAGACAGCACCGGUCAUCCGUGUGCUGCGCAGUGCAGGGAUCCAAACCGUUAUGGUCACAGGAGACAACAUGCUCACUGCAGUCAACGUGGCGAGGAGCUGCCAAAUGGUGGCGGCGCAGGAGCGCGUGGUGUUCGUGAACGCUGCACCUCCCAGCCGCGGCAAGGUAGCUGCCCUCACCUUCACUCCUUCAGAGCAGGUCAAGGAUGUGCACCAGCAAGAAAGCGACUUCCCAGAACAGCUGCCGUGCUCCUUUGCCUUGAACGGGAAAUCCUUUGCUGUCCUCUGCGAGUGCUUCCCAGCCCUCCUGCCCAAGAUAUUAGUCCAAACCACUAUUUUCGCACAGAUGUUACCUGAUCAGAAAACUCGCCUGGUUGAGCAUUUGCAACGUUUAAACUACUGUGUGGCCAUGUGUGGAGACGGGGCCAACGACUGUGGGGCUCUGAAGGCAGCCGACGUGGGCAUCUCGCUCUCCGAAGCAGAGGCCUCGGCCGCAGCACCGUUCACUUCCCAGAGGGCCAAUAUCGAGUGCGUCCCCAUCACCAUUAGGGAAGGAAGAUGCUCUUUGGUCACCUCCUUUGGCCUCUUCAAAUACAUGGCAUUCUACAGCCUCACGCAAUUCGUUUCCGUGCUCCUGUUGUACACGCUCAACACCAACCUGAGCGAUGGGCAGUUCCUGUUCAUCGACCUCAUCAUCACCACCACUAUGGUGGCUCUCAUGGGCAAGACGGAGCCUGCCGAGGACUUGGGCCUCAAGCGCCCACAAGGAGCCCUGAUCAGCCUUGCCGUCCUAGGCAGCCUUUGCCUCCAAACAGCUCUCAUCAUCGCAGUCCUGGUCAUCAUCUACUUCAUCACCGUAUCUCAGCAGUGGUUCACCCCUCUGAACAGCACUCUGUCAGCCCCUGCAAACCUCCCCAAUUAUGAGAACACCGUCAUCUUCUGCACCUCGGGGUUCCAGUACCUCAUCCUGGCAGUGGUCGUGUCCAAAGGCCGCCCUUUCCGUAAACCGCUUUAUACUAACGUGCCGUUUUUGAUGGCCUUACUCUUGCUCACCGGUGUCAUGAUCUGGCUGACCAUCUACCCGCUGACCUUCAUGCAAAAGCUCUUGCGUCUGAAGAGCGCCGGCGACCUGAGCUUCAAAGUGAUCUUGCUGGGAAUGGCUGCUCUCCACUUCUUCACGGCUUUUGUACUGGAGGUGGGCCUGGACCACGGCCUGCUGAACGGCUUCCGGAAGCUGCGACGCAAGAAGGCAUCAAAAAAACUGUACAAGCAGCUGCAGUGGGAGCUCAGCCAGGAGAAGAGCUCGUGGCCGCCUCUCCACGCACCUGUCUUCGCCCCCACCAGAAUCCCCCCCGCUGCAAGAUGACGCUAGUCGGCGACUUUCUAGCUGGAGGAAAAGCCCGCUGGGUCUCUGCUGAGGUUCCUUUUUGGAUCUAGCUCCAUCCUCUGCUGGGAUCCUCCGUCGACUGAUAGAGGCAACUCUGAGACUCCGAUAGCGGAGUUGCUGUGCUACAGAAGAAUCCAUCUUCACCAGCCUCUCGGUUGAAGCCACGGGAAGCACCCGAGAUUUCUGGCCACUCUGGGGGGCGGUGGGGGGGUGUUGUGUCUUCCUUGAAUCCCCUCCUCCUCAAGCAGGCUUUUUUUUUUCCUUAACCACAUGCUGGCUAAGAGAAAGCCGCCGGAGACCUCCCUUUAUCCAAGGCGAGAACAAUCUCCCCUUUACUGCUGGACAGGGAAUUUCAGCAGGUGCAGAACUUGUCCCACAUCAGAACUUCAAGCCAGAGGAAGAUAAAGGCUGUCUCCAAGGGCUUGCUCCCUGGCCAGUCUGGGAAUCAAGUUCCCUUCCACAGAGGAGGUCUACUUUCCACUGCAAAGAGAUCUGCUCUACUCUGCCUGGGUUCCUCUGGCUGCCAUUUCUAGUUGUUAAGGAUUCUUCAUCAGCUUCUUAUGGAUGGGCAGCCUUGGGGGGAUGGCUGCUGUAACCCACUACCACCCUAACUGAAAAAAGGGAGCCCAUGCAAGAGAGGGCCAGAAAGAGCUGGGCCAUUCGGUCUGUUUUGCUUUGGCUACCCUGUUUCCCCCAAAAUAAAACAUCCCCUGAUAAUAAGCCCAAUCGGGCUUUUGAGUGCAUGGUAAUAAGGCCAAGCGCUUAUUUCAGGGUUCAAAAAAAUAUAAGACAGGGUCUUAUUUUCGGGGAAACACGGUAGUAUUUUCGUGUGUGUGUGUCUUUGUGUGUAAAUGUAUAUAUGUAUAUAGAUAGUCCUCAACUUAACUCCACAACUGAGCCCAAAGUUUAUGUUGCUAAGUGAGAAAUUCAUUAAGUGAGUUUUGCUCCCCCCCCUUUUUAUGACUUUUCUUGCCACAGUUGUUAAGUGAAUCACUGAAGUUCUUAAAUCAGUAACACUGUUACUGUUAAGAGAAUCUGGCUUCCGCGCUGACUUUGCUUAUCAGAAGGUCGCGAAAGGGGAUCACGUUUCACACACACACACCCAUCUGCGACGGACACUGCGACCGUCAUAAACAGGAACCUUUUGCCAAGCAUCCGAAUAUAAAUCACAUGACCACGGGGAUGCUCUGUGGUGGUCGUUAAGUGUGAAAAAUGGUCGUAAGUCACUUUUUUUCAGUGCCAUUGUAACUUCAGUCACUAAGCAAACUGUCGUAAGUUGAGGACUGCCUGUAUAUGUAUACAUAUGUAUAUGUAUGUAUGUAUAUAUAUUUGCCAGUUUCUUCUUAAUAUUAGCAAUCAUGUUUAGUUAAUUGGCUAUUCAGAAGGGCUUAAGGUAAAGGUAAAGGUUCCCCUCGCACAUAUGUGCUAAUCGUUCCCGACUCUAGGGGGCGGUGCUACACUCCGUUUCAAAGCCGAAGAGCCAGCACUGUCCGAAGAUGUCUCCGUGGUCCUGUGGCCGACAUGACUCAACGCCAAAGGCGCACGGAACGCUGUUCCCUUCCCACCAAAGGUGGUCCCUAUUUUUCUACUUGCAUUUUUUUUUAAUGUGCUUUCGAACUGCUAGGUUGACAGAAGCUGGGACAAGUCACGGGAGCUCACCCCGCUAACGCAGCGCUAGGGAUUCGAACCGCCGAACUGCCGACCUUUCGAUCGACAAGCUCAGCCUCUUAGCCACUGUGUCACCGCAUCCCUUAAGGCAGAAGGGCUUACUACGGAACAAUUAACCAUCACAGAAGCAAUAAUGUAUUAAAUGAGUAACUUUGUAUGAAGAAGGUCUGGGACGAACAUGGGAUGGGGGGAAAUGCCAAGGAGAGGCAGGACACCCAUUUAAAAGGUGGCCUGGGCAAGAGGCAGGUGAGAAGAGGGCUGUCCCGGGUCUUGCAAGCAGAGAGUCUUUUGGUCCAGGCAGCCCCGUUCUCGAAGCGAUCCUGAAAAAAAGACAGCUGUGGGCCUUGCUGGAGCCGCUCUCUGCCCCUAAGAGAAGAACAGCUGAGAAAUGGACUGGAAGCGCCCAUCGGCAGAGCCGAAGCCAAUCGGUAGUUCCCACGCACCUUCCAUAGGCCCCCCCGUGUCUGCAUUCCCAGUGGCGGUGGAGAAACUGGCCAGAGAAAGAAACGGCAGCUUGUUUGAAUCCUUCCACCGCGGCGCGCCACCUCUAACAGGAGCCUCCCAAGGAGAUCCUUUCUGCCUGUCUCAGAUGAUGAUGGUAGACUGCCUCUAAACCUGGAGGCUUUGAGGAUCACCUCCUGUCCAAAAGCCGUGGAAGGAGCUGGCCAGUUCCCUCCUU